AUGCACGAUUCUCGUAACUUGUUUUUCUUUUUCAUAAGAUUUGACCACACAGAAAUUCGAUAUCGAAAACGAAGAUUUGCAACCGACCAGACGACUCUUCGGGUGCCAGUGGAUGACGAAGUCUAUGUUGCUAAUUUGUUCCACCCGACGCAGAUACUCCACCCAGAUGCUAGAGUAAUACUAACUGAUGGCGACAAUCAACAAAAGGUGGACGUUGUUCAUCCAGACUGUUACUUGGUCGGUGAAGUCACUUCCCAUGGAGGAUCGGCCAGUUUCUCCUACUGUCACGGAAUGCCUAUUGACACGUCAGGAAAGGCUGUGAUAGAAAUUGGUGUUUAUAUCGACGCAGAUUACAACAGGUACAUAGAAAAUGUUGGCGAUGACACCUUGGCCAAGAAAAUGGAUUUCAUUCUUGUAAAGUGGAACGCUGUGCAGUAUGAAUAUUCCAAAAAAGAGCAACUCGGACGGGAGGUCGAAAUUCAGUUGAAGAAAAUGGAAUUUUGGAAAACAAAUCCCAAAUGGCUUAAAGUAAGCAAUAAAUUGGGGUCACUGUUACAUUCUAUCUGUCAGUGGAAUAAAGAUAAGGAACCGUUCGAUACCAUCUAUUUGCAUACAGGGUAA